UUGGGAGGGGGAGAGUUUUGAGUCGGCCACAAACGUUUCUCUCUCUCCUAGCGACGGUUCUUUUCUUCCUCUUUCUCUCUCAUCUCCCCCUCUGACCAAAUUCCACAGAUUCCGUCAUGUCCACCGACGGAAACUCCACCGCCGCCGCGGCGGUUGAAAAGAUGUUCUUCUGUUACCAGUGCAACCGCACAGUCACAAUCUCAAUCUCCUCCGCCUCCUCCGAUCCCUUCUGCCCUCUUUGCUCCGGUGGGUUUCUCGAAGAACACGACGAACCAAACCCUAAUCCACCCCCAAAUCUCAAUCCCGGAGGAGGUUUCUUCCCCAUGGCCGAUCCUUUCUCCACCUUACUCCCUCUCCUAUUCGGCUCCUCCUCUUCCUCCACCGCAAACCCGAGCUUCUCCGGCCAACCAUCGAUGCAGCCUCGCUCCACGCGAAACGACGCGUUCGAUCCGGUGUCGUUUCUCCAGAACCAUCUCCAGCAUCUCCGAUCCAGCGGCACGCACGUGCAGUUCGUGAUCGAGAAUCACCCCUCCGAUCCGUCAAACCGAAUCCCGGGGAACCUCGGGGACUACUUCUUCGGCCCUGGACUCGAGCAAUUGAUUCAGCAGCUCGCGGAGAACGAUCCUAACCGCUACGGAACUCCUCCGGCGUCGAAAUCGGCCGUCGACGGGCUGCCGACUGUUAAGGUGACGAAGGAUAUGCUGAGGUCUGAGAUGAACCAGUGCGCUGUUUGUAUGGAUGAGUUUGAGGACGGUGGGGAUGUGAAGCAGAUGCCUUGCAAGCACGUGUUUCAUCAGGAUUGUUUGAUGCCGUGGCUGGAAUUGCAUAACUCUUGUCCGGUUUGUCGGUUUGAGUUGCCCACGGAUGAUCCUGAGUAUGAGAGUAGGGUUCAGGGUCGAGGAGGGGAGGCUAGUGGGGUUGGACAGGGGGCUGUGGAGACGGGGAGGAGGUUUAGUAUACAGGUGCCUUUACCGUUUAGGGGACGUGAUGAUGAUGCUUCUGGGUCGGGAGCACCUGGAACUGGAGGUGGAGCUAAUCUUGAGACCAGGCGGGAUGAUUUGGAUUGAGUAUGGUCAGAGUCAUUGCUUGUAGAUUGGAUUGGAAGAAUGAUGUGCACAAGUUCUCAGGAAAAAAAAAAGUGACGUUGAGGUUUUACCAUAUUUUGUACAUUUACCAACAAAAAAAAAAACACGUUCUCGUCUGUACCUUUUUGGGAUUAUAACGAUUGUGAGUUAAAAUAAAAAAUCGCAAUAUUUCAUUCAAA